AUGGCGGCGCGCGCUGAAGACGUAGUGCCGCUGGCUGACAGUGACAAUGUACAGUUGAACCGUGUUAUUGCCACACUGUUGUGCUUGCAUUUGAAGCGACAUGCUCAGCACAGACGACUGCGACUUGCCAUACGUGAGCGGACAAGGGCUGUUCGAAGUAUUGAACUACGCUUGCAUGCCAAUGCCAUCGCAAUGACUGCUGUGUUGCUAGGUGGAGUUCAACGUGAACGAUGGGCCUUUCAGCGCAACGAGCGAUGGUUUGAAGAUACUCUCCCCCAUUUGGGCGAGUUCCACUUCAAACAGGCACUUCGAGUGUGCCCUGUUACGUUCCGUUACUUAGUGGAGUCAUGCAGGCACGUUCUAGAGCAUCAGACGACCAACAUGAGGUCUACUGUGAACGUAGUCUACAGACAGUUUGCGAAGGCUGUCAUCCAGGAGCUCGAAGACGAGUGGCUGCGAAUGGUUAGUCCUGGCGAGAUGGGGGAACACAUGCGAGAGUUCUACGCAGUGAGUGGCUUCCCACAGGGAGUCGGCGCCUUGGACGGCUGUCACUUUGCUGUCUCGCCACCAAAGAACAACGCUGUCGACUACUAUAACUAUAAAGGGUGGUACAGUGUGAUACUCCUGGCCUUAGUGGAUCAUCGGUACCGGUUCCGCUAUAUAAAUGUUGGAAGCCCCGGAAGGUGCCACGAUGCCCACGUGUAUGGACGUUCAAAGCUGUGUGAGUUGGUGAACAGUGCACAUUUCCAGACACCAGUGUCAGUGAUCGAGGAUGUCCCUGUAUCGCCAAUCAUUCUGUGCGAUCAAGCAUUCCCUCUCUCCCCGAGCCUAAUGAAGCCAUACGCAAACGCUGUGAGUGAAACUCCAGAGGCACUUUUCAACUAUAACUUGUCGAAAACAAGACGAAUAGUCGAAAACGCUUUUGGAAGGCUGAAGGCUCGCUUCAGGUUUAUCAUGAAGAGACUAGAAUGCACCUUGCCCAAUGCGAAACAAGCGGUGAGGACGUCGUGCAUACUUCACAACAUCUGCGAAGCAUUCAACGAUAAUGUGGAGCACCAGUGGGAACGAGAUGCACAUGAAUAUGAUGCUCUCUACGAACAACCACGUCACAGCACAGAUAUGUGUCAUCAUGGAGGACAGGAAGUGAGACGUGCCCUCACACAGUAUUUCUGGAAGCGGCGUCAGCAGACUUCGUGA